GGCGGCAGUGCUGUGAAGGCAGAAACCACCGUUGCGAUCAACGAUUGUACUCGAAACGGGUACGGAUAUGGAAAACAGAGUAAUGAAAGUCAACAUCUCGUGCUUUGAUUGCUACUCGCUACUCCGAGUAUCUAUGAGUAACGAGUACUCGAGUAACGAAUAGUUACUUUUUCAGCACCUCUAAUGGCUUCCUUCAUGUUACGGCAUUGACGUUCAUUCGGUUCUCGUGUUUUUAGUUUUCCGUGUUUUCUAAAUUUGUGAAAGUGUGAAACAAGAAACAUGAAACAGUGAUGUGAAACUGUGAAAGAUUUUUCCAAGCGUUCAUGUAUUUUUAUUAUAAUAUAUGCUGAUGACACUGUUAUAAUCAUUUAUACCCGACAAAUAACAAAGUAAGUAGCUGUUAUAUCAAAAACCGACGAGUCGUCGCUGAAACGACCGACGUACGUAAGCUAACCUCUACGCUUGCUACGUUUUCAGUUUGUAAACAUGUCUCUGCCGCCGUACUUGCUGGGCCCCAAUCCGUGGGCCACCAUGAUGGCCCAGCAGCACCUAGCGGCGGCCCACGCUCAGGCCCAAGUGGCCGCGGCACAAGCACAUGCACAUGCUUUGCAACAACAGAUGCCUCCACCUCAUCCGAAGAAUGAUGUUAUGACUGAAGAUAAACUACAAGAAAAAGCUCAAAAAUGGCACCAGUUACAGUCCAAAAGAUAUGCUGACAAAAGGAAGCUAGGCUUUGUGGAGGCUCAAAAGGAGGAUAUGCCACCAGAGCAUAUUAGAAAAAUCAUUAGGGAUCAUGGUGAUAUGAGCAGUAGAAAAUAUAGACAUGAUAAGAGGGUUUAUUUAGGAGCAUUGAAGUAUAUGCCACAUGCGGUGAUGAAGUUAUUGGAGAACAUGCCAAUGCCUUGGGAACAAAUCAGAGAUGUCAAAGUGUUGUACCACAUUACAGGAGCUAUUACUUUUGUGAAUGAAAUCCCUUGGGUUAUAGAACCAGUUUACAUAGCACAGUGGGGAACAAUGUGGAUCAUGAUGAGGAGAGAAAAACGCGAUCGUCGCCACUUCAAAAGAAUGCGAUUUCCACCAUUUGAUGAUGAAGAACCUCCUUUGGAUUAUGCAGACAACGUGCUUGAUGUUGAGCCUUUGGAGGCUAUCCAGAUUGAACUGGAUGCAGAAGAGGAUUCAGCAAUUGCAAAAUGGUUCUAUGACCACAAACCGUUAGUAGGCACAAAGUAUGUCAAUGGGCCUACAUAUAGAAGGUGGAAUUUAACUUUGCCUAUGAUGGCUACACUGUAUAGAUUGGCAAACCAGCUGUUAACUGACUUGGUUGAUGACAACUACUUUUAUUUGUUUGACACAAAGAGCUUCUUUACUGCUAAGGCUCUGAAUAUGGCUAUACCUGGUGGCCCAAAGUUUGAGCCUCUCAUCAAGGAUAUGAACCCAGCUGAUGAGGAUUGGAAUGAGUUCAACGAUAUCAACAAGAUCAUUAUCAGACAACCGAUUCGUACAGAGUACAGAAUUGCAUUUCCAUAUUUGUACAACAACAUGCCCCACUUUGUUCAUCUAUCUUGGUAUCACACGCCUAAUGUAGUCUAUAUCAAAACUGAAGAUCCCGACUUACCAGCUUUCUAUUUUGAUCCAUUGAUUAACCCUAUUUCGCAUCGUCACGCCGUGAAAAGCUUGGAACCUCUACCUGAGGAUGAUGAAGAAUAUAUCUUACCUGAAACUGUCCAGCCUUUUCUGCAGGAAACACCAUUGUAUACAGAUAACACUGCUAAUGGCAUAGCUUUGUUAUGGGCGCCUAGGCCUUUCAACAUGAGAUCAGGUCGCUGUAGAAGAGCAAUAGAUGUACCUCUUGUAAAAUCUUGGUACAUGGAACAUUGCCCGCCGGGUCAACCUGUCAAAGUGCGCGUCAGCUAUCAAAAAUUGUUGAAAUACUAUGUGCUGAACGCAUUGAAACACAGACCACCUAAACCUCAGAAGAAGAGGUAUUUAUUCAGGUCUUUUAAGUCUACUAAGUUUUUCCAGACGACCACGUUGGAUUGGGUGGAAGCAGGCCUACAGGUUUGUCGUCAGGGCUACAACAUGUUGAACUUGUUGAUCCACAGAAAGAAUUUGAAUUAUCUGCAUUUGGAUUACAAUUUUAAUCUAAAGCCAGUAAAAACGUUGACUACAAAGGAGAGAAAGAAGUCCCGUUUCGGAAAUGCUUUCCAUCUGUGCAGAGAAAUCCUACGUCUCACCAAACUGAUCAUAGACUCACAUGUCCAGUACAGAUUGAACAACGUAGAUGCAUUUCAAUUGGCUGAUGGUUUGCAGUACAUUUUUGCUCAUGUUGGACAGUUAACUGGAAUGUACAGAUACAAAUACAAGCUGAUGAGACAGAUCAGAAUGUGCAAAGAUCUUAAGCAUCUGAUCUACUACAGGUUCAACACUGGUCCUGUAGGUAAAGGUCCUGGUUGCGGUUUUUGGGCGCCAGGUUGGCGCGUGUGGCUUUUCUUCAUGCGCGGCAUUACUCCGCUGCUAGAACGUUGGCUUGGCAACUUGCUGUCCAGACAGUCGAAGGUAGACACUCCAAAGGGGUCGCCAAAACGGUCACCAAGCAGCGUGUCGAGUCUCACUUUGACCUGGAGUUGCGUGCCUCUGUUAUGCCACGAUAUUGUCGAUAUGAUGCCGGAAGGAAUCAAGCAGAAUAAGGCCAGGACUAUAUUGCAGCAUCUUUCUGAGGCUUGGAGGUGUUGGAAGGCGAAUAUCCCGUGGAAGGUUCCUGGUCUACCAAUACCCAUUGAGAACAUGAUCCUACGUUACGUGAAGAUGAAAGCAGAUUGGUGGACAAACACUGCACAUUACAACAGAGAGAGAAUCAGAAGAGGUGCAACAGUAGAUAAGACAGUGUGUAAGAAGAAUCUUGGUAGACUUACCAGGUUAUAUCUGAAAGCAGAACAAGAAAGGCAGCACAAUUACCUAAAAGAUGGUCCGUACAUUUCACCUGAAGAAGCUGUGGCUAUCUACACGACAACCGUGCAUUGGCUGGAGUCGAGAAGAUUCGCUCCUAUACCAUUCCCUCCACUUUCCUACAAGCACGACACCAAGCUGCUUAUUCUGGCCCUUGAGAGGCUUAAGGAGGCUUACAGCGUGAAAUCCCGUCUUAACCAAAGUCAGCGAGAAGAAUUGGGCUUGAUAGAACAAGCGUAUGACAACCCCCACGAAGCUUUGUCCAGGAUCAAGAGACAUCUAUUGACACAGAGGGCGUUCAAAGAAGUGGGGAUAGAGUUCAUGGAUCUCUACAGCCAUCUGAUACCCGUUUAUGAUGUGGGAACCGUUGGAGAAGAUUACUGAUGCCUAUCUGGACCAGUACUUGUGGU